GUUGCUUUGCCUUGUUCCAGGUUUGCCUUUGAUUGGGGGUUGGAUUUUGCAGCUCCGGGUCACCUGCAGGAUCGAUUAUGUCAGCGGAUACCGGCGUAAGGUUUGACCGACAAAUAAAAUUCCUUGGCAUUCAGAAGCUUUGACCGUGUUGAACUUUUUUUGUAUCUUUCUUUCUUGAAUAUUUCUUCACUGCGAUCUUCAAGAUUUUGUCAACCUUUUACCCAUUAUUCCACAUAUUCCUCCCCAGGGCGAGCAACCGCAAGGAACCCUGCUCCGUCAAAAUGUCUGCUAACCAGGAUCAAAGUGCAGCUUGGCCCGUCGCCGAUGCUUCCCUUACCCAGGAGAUUUUAGAUUUGGUGCAACAAGCUGGCCAUGCCCGCCAGCUGAAGAAAGGAGCAAACGAAGUGACCAAGGCGCUGUCCAGAGGUAUUGCCGAGAUCGUCAUUCUGGCCGCCGAUACCACUCCUCUUGCCAUCCUUCUGCACCUACCUUUGCUCUGCGAAGACAAGAACGUCAUCUACUGCUAUGUCCCUAGCAAGAUUGCUCUUGGCAGAGCCUGCGGUGUGUCCCGAGCUGUCAUCGCCGCGAGUAUCCUCUCCAACGAGGCAAGCGACCUCUCCGGCCAGAUCCGCAGUCUGAGGGACAAGAUCGAGCGCCUCAUGAUUUAAGAUACCCCUAGAGCCAGGAAAGAAAUUCAGGGUGCUACGUUGGGAAAUAUACUAGGCUAAAAGCUAUAUAAGUCCGUAGCUUGAGGAAGAAUAGAUGCAGAUAUAGAGAAUAUAAUCUGCACAUCAGCAAA